GCGCCCCGCCGCCCUCCCGCUCGUCCUGCUCCUGCUCCUGGCCGGCCCGCUCGGCGGGGCCCGCGCUUUGACAUGUCUGUGCUCUGACUGCAAACAAGCCAACUCCACGUGUGAGACGGACGGUGCCUGCAUGGUCUCAGUGUUCAACCUGGAUGGUGUCAAACACCACGUUCGGACCUGCAUUCCUGAGGCCAAACUGAUUCCUGCUGGGAAACCCUUCUAUUGUCUGAGUUCAGAGGAUCUGCGUAAUACUCACUGCUGCUACUCCGAUUUUUGCAACAAAAUUGAUUUAAUGGUUCCCAGUGGACACCUGAAAGACAACGAGCCCCCGUCAAGCUGGGGUCCCGUGGAGCUGGUGGCGGUGAUUGCCGGGCCCGUGUUCCUCGUGUUUGUUGUCAUGAUCAUUGUGGUUUUUGUGUUCCAUCACCACCAACGGGUCUAUCACAACCGCCAGAGGCUGGACAUGGAGGAUCCUUCUUGUGAAAUGUGCCUUUCCAAGGACAAGACCUUGCAAGAUCUGGUCUAUGAUCUCUCCACCUCCGGCUCUGGCUCAGGCCUGCCUCUGUUUGUCCAGCGGACGGUGGCUCGGACCAUUGUCCUUCAGGAGAUCAUCGGCAAGGGCCGCUUUGGGGAGGUGUGGCGGGGCAGGUGGCGCGGGGGCGACGUGGCCGUGAAGAUCUUCUCGUCUCGUGAGGAGCGCUCCUGGUUCAGGGAGGCAGAGAUCUACCAAACCGUGAUGCUGAGGCAUGAGAACAUCCUGGGAUUCAUUGCUGCAGAUAACAAAGAUAAUGGGACGUGGACCCAGCUGUGGCUCGUGUCUGACUACCACGAGCACGGCUCUCUCUUUGAUUACCUGAACCGCUACACGGUGACCAUCGAGGGCAUGAUCAAGCUCGCCCUGUCUGCUGCCAGCGGGCUGGCCCACCUGCACAUGGAGAUCGUGGGCACUCAGGGAAAACCUGGGAUUGCUCACAGAGACCUGAAAUCCAAGAACAUUUUGGUGAAGAAGAACGGCACGUGUGCCAUCGCUGACCUCGGCCUGGCCGUCCGGCACGACUCCGUCACGGACACGAUCGACAUCGCCCCCAACCAGAGGGUUGGAACCAAACGAUACAUGGCCCCAGAAGUCUUGGAUGAAACCAUCAACAUGAAGCAUUUUGAUUCAUUUAAAUGUGCUGAUAUCUACGCCUUGGGCUUGGUCUACUGGGAGAUUGCCCGAAGGUGCAAUGCAGGAGGUAUCCAUGAGGAGUAUCAGCUUCCCUACUACGACCUUGUGCCCUCUGAUCCCUCGAUUGAGGAGAUGCGGAAGGUUGUGUGUGACCAGAAAUUGCGGCCAAACAUCCCAAACUGGUGGCAGAGCUAUGAGGCACUACGGGUGAUGGGCAAGAUGAUGCGAGAGUGCUGGUACGCCAACGGAGCAGCUCGGCUCACUGCCCUGCGCAUUAAGAAAACCCUCUCCCAGCUCAGUGUCCAGGAAGAUGUGAAAAUUUAAGCUCUGAGCCUCAGCAGGAGGAAACUGCACAGGAGCUGCUGUGCUAGAGUAGACAUGUGAUGGAGGCCUACCUCGUGUUUCAGCCCAACCUACUGCUACAACCAGACAGCGGGACCUGCAGGCUGCUAGGCAGGGGGACGGAGCCUACGGAACCGCUCUCUUCCCUGCUUGGGUAUGAAACAAUCCAAAACCUUUUGUGAUCACCUCCUGAGAGCGUGGAGACUUGAGAGGGACUUCACCCGAGGGAUCUCAGCCAUGAUCGUAACUCUUUGUUCCUUUCAAGGAAAUCCCUGUAAAGUUCAGCGUGCGUUGAGCACCCAUUGGUGGGGUCGGAGCCAGCCCCGGGUGCUCGGUGCCGGGAGUGGGAAGGGAAAGGGAAAGUUUUCUUGCCGUACUCUCGAGGAUUUUUCCAGGGACUGGCACAUUAAUGCAGAAAAAGCAAAACAAAUGGUGCUCUCUUCCAAGAGGCUGAGCCAGAACAGUUGUAUCAGCUUCACAAAACCGUUCUCCCUCCUUUUCUUAAGCUUGAAAAACAAAAGUCCAAGUGGGCGCCCCGGCGGGCGCCCGGUGUCUGCAUGCGCGAGGUGCGCGUGUCCCCGUGCCUGGUCAUCUCCUCAUAGCCGUGCGGUGUCUGCCCGUGGGUGGCUCAUCUCUGUCCGUGCUUCCUGUGCAUGUGCAAAUCUCGAGUGUCCCGUUUGUGAGCUGUUGCUGGUGCUCUCCGUGCUGAGUCGUGAGCGUCGUGGAGCUUUGGACAGGCUGCUGCAGAGCGGAUCCCUGGCUCCCCGAUGGGCGCCGCGGCCGCGCCGACUCCGCCGCCGGCUGCCACAACAUCCCAUCAGGUUGCCUCACUGCCACCCCCUUCCCUUUUUUAAGACAAAACGAAAAUGAGGAACUGAGAAUCACUCCUGGAACCCAGGUUUUUUUUGUCUUGAGCCCCCGGGGUUUGUAAUUCUGGCUAGCGGGGAGCUGAGUUGUGUCAGAGGUGGAGCAGGCGCUGUGGGGGAGUGCAGGACUCUGUUCUCCUGGGAACACAAUUCCCAACUCCACCACCCAGGCAGAUUUCUGGGGGUCUGGUGAUGAUGCAGCACUGCAGGCUGGGGACAGAGUGGCUGGACAGUGGCCAGGCAGAAAGGGGCUUGGGGGUACUGGUUGGCAGCUGACUGAGAGUGAGCCAGCAGUGUGUCCAGGUGGCCAAGAGAGCCUGGACCAGGAAUGGUGUGGCCAGCAGCAGCAGGGAGAUCAUUCCUCCCCUGUACUUGGCACUGGUGAGGGCACACCUCGAGUGCUGUGUCCAGUUCUGGGCCCUCAGUUUAGGAAGGAGAUUGAGAUGCUUCAGCCUGUCCAGAGGGGGCAAUGAGGCUGUGGAGGGGCUGGGAACACAAACCCUGUGAGGAACGGCUGAGGGAGCUGGGGGUGUUCAGCCUGGCCAAAAGGAGGCUCAGGGGAGACCUCAUCACUCUCUACAACUCCCUGAAAGGUGGC